AUGGCGGAUGAUAUCAAGAGCAAGAAGAGGGAGAGGGCCACCGAACGCAAGCUUCUCGCUGGAGACAAUGUUGAGGUCUUUUUCACUGACGAAGGGCUCAAUGGUUCUUGGCAUGCGGGUGUAGUUAUUGAAGUAGGAAGUAACUCCCGUCUCAUUAAAUUCACUUAUCUCUUGACUGAAAAUGAACAGUCUAAGCUUGUUGAGAGGAUUUCUGCAACAGAUGCAAUAGAGGGUAUUUACAAUACACCCUCAAGGGAACAGCGUGGCAUCAUAAGGCCUUUCCCGCCUCCUUGUGUUUUCCCGGGUUCUGUGAUCAAAUUUGGUCUCUGUGUUGAUGCUUGGUUGCAUGAUGCAUGGUGGGAAGGAGUACUUUUUGAUAAAAAUGUAGGCUCUCAAAAGAGAAAGGUUUUCUUCCCUGACAUAGGUGACCAGUGCAUUGUUGCUGUUGAUCAACUCAGGGUCACACAAGAGUGGAAUGAAUACUCUGGGCAUUGGAAGCCUCGUGGAGAGUGGGUGUUACUUCAGGUGCUUCAUGAGAUUAAGAAGGAAGGCCCGUUGCCUGUUUCCAUCAGGAAGAUUUGGUAUGACUUAAGAUCUGAUAUUUCUUUUAUAGAAAAAAUUGGAUCUUGGACUGCUGGAACUCAUUCCGUCUGGUAUGGUGUGGUGAAUGACUUAUACCGGAAACUGCUUUCUGUUGUUGAUGGUCAAGCUGUGCCUGAGAUGAUCUAUCCAGAUCAGCUAAUGGACACUUUCAAUGAUUUAUGGAAAAAGUCCACUGAUGAUCACAGUCUGGUUGAACAUGCUAUUAACAAUUUGAGAUCUAACGUGGAAUGUACCUUGAACAAUGAUAAUGUGGAAGAGGAGGUAAAGGAUUACAAAGAUAACUUGAAGCCAAGAAUGGGAAAAUCAUGGCAAUCUAUGCCAGUUGAAGGGGAGCAGUGCCUUGAAGCAAUAACUUUAUAUUCCAAACGUUCAGCAAAGGCCAGGCAACCUUGUUCUGUGUAUGAAGAUAUGAAAGUAAAAAUGCGGAAGCAUCUUGUAUAUCUAGGAUGGAAGAUAGAAUCCAAAAGGGAUAGAAUACUAAGGUAUCGGUACACUUCACCUGAUCGCAAGGUUUUCUACUCUCUUACUACAGUUUGCUCUUAUUUCACGAAGGGACACCGAACUCAAAAUUCACUGUCAAUGAAGAAGCACGAGCUUGAAAGGGAGAAAUUGAAUGUCACUUCGAAGCAACAGGCUUCCGAAAAAGGAAUGGUAGUGGACAUUCCUGAAUUUACACCUGGCACUAAAAUGGAAGAUUUCAAUAACCAACUAAAUUCUAACUUCUCUGGUUCUGCUUCUUCUAAAGUUGUUAAACAUGGAGACACUGUUUCUGAACCUUCUACAUCAAGGAAACGGGAUUUGAUUUUUAGUGCCUCUGAGAGCACGGAUCAACCUGUACCAGAAGAUUUACGAGGGGCAAUACAGGAUUAUUGCAAAUACAUGUCUGCUAGUCAGAAAGACAAACAAGUAGGUCCAAAUGUAAAUGCUAAGCUUCUGCGGUUGAAGGCCAAAAGAUAUCUUUCAUUUAUGGGAUGGAAAUUUUGGUUUAUCUCGAAAAAAACAAAGGAAGAGAUGCGUUAUGAUUCUCCAUAUGGCAAGACGUAUUGUUCUCUGCACACAGCAUGCAACGCAUACCUGGAAGAGUCGGCUGAGGGUAGUGCUCCAAGUUCUCGUAACUUAAAUAAGAGAAGGAAAACAUCCAAGGGUGUUCACACUAGCAUGAAUUCUGAAAACUCUGUCGAGAAAUAUGUGGGGCCUCAACAUGGUGAAGUGUGUUCAAGAGGGCUCAUGAAAAGUGAUAGGAGAAAAAAGGAGCCUUCAAAUUUGUUACUACCAUUGAGACCUUCUCAUGGGAAGCUCCUGAGGCACACUUCUCGUCACUCUGAUUUUCAAUCCAGAGAAAGAAAACCAUCUCACUCUUCUGUCCCAGGAAGUUGGUCCAGUAAAAGGCCACAACAUGCACCAUCAUGUCUUGGCAAACGUAAUGCUAAAACAGUUUUGUGUUCAUUGAUAGACAAAAACGUUGUAUUACCUAGGGAGAAAGUAUCUUAUAUUCGCAAAAGAGAUGGUCAAGUUUUGAUGCAAGGAAGAAUAACUCGUGAUGGAAUAAAGUGUGACUGUUGUCAACAGGUGUUCACACUCACCAAAUUUGAGGCUCAUGCAGGUAGUACAAGCCACCGACCAGCUGCUAAUAUAUUCUUAAAAGAUCAGAGGUCCUUGUUACAGUGCCAGAAAGAUUUGAUACAUGUUAGUAAUUUCCAAAACUUCCCACAUCCACGGUUGAAGAUUGAUUACUCUCAGAGCCCCAGUGACAGCAUAUGCUCCAUAUGUCAAGAUGGUGGUAUUUUACUGCUAUGUGAUCACUGCCCAUCAGCUUUCCAUCAACACUGCAUUGGCUUAGAGGUUAUCCCUGAGGGAAAUUGGUUUUGCCCAUGUUGUAAAUGUGGCAUUUGUGGCACAAGCGAUUUCAAUUCUGACACCAAACAGUUCACUGAGAAAACAAUUAUUUACUGUGAUCAAUGCCAGAGAGAAUUUCAUGUGGGAUGUUUAAGAGAAAGUGGAGUAUUUGGGCUAGCAGAUUGUCCAACUGGAGAUUGGUUUUGCAGUAAAAAAUGCUCAAUGGUAUUCUUUCACCUCCAAAAAUUGCUUGGUAAAUCCAAUCUGACACCAGUGGAGGGUUUGUCAUGGUCUCUUUACAGAUCAAGCAGGGAAAAUGGUGGGGAUGAUAUUGAGAGUAUAGCUGAAUGCCACAGCAAGCUACGUGUUGCGCUUGACAUUCUGCAUGAAUGUUUCGUAGACAUUAUUGAACCACGCACAAAGAGUGAUCUUGUUGCUGAUCUUCUUUUCAAUAGAAAGUCAGAUUUGAAGCGAUUAAAUUUUUGGGGAUUUUAUACAAUAGUCUUGGAGAGGGGAGACGAGCUAAUUUCAGUGGCAACAUUUAGAAUUUUCGGCGACAAGGUUGCAGAAAUGCCCCUUAUUGGCACACGAGUUAAAUAUCGGCAGCAGGGAAUGUGCCGGCUUCUUGUGAAUGAAUUAGAAAAGUUGCUCUCAUCAUUAGGAAUCGAAAUGCUGAUUUUACCGGCAAUUCCUGAGCUUGUACAAACAUGGACAACAAGAUUUGGAUUUACAAAGAUGUCUAAUUCUGACAGACUAAAGCUCAAGGAUUACAUGUUCUUGAAUUUUCUUGGCUCCACAAUGUGCUACAAGUUCUUGGCCGGAAAUGAAAACCAAUUGACCUCAAAUGAAACAAAUAAUGCCGGCAAUGCUUCAGUUGAGGUGAAGCCGAGUAUCGUCUUUCGGGCUUCUUCGACUAAUUUUAUUGAUGUUUGUCAUGAAAAUGCCAUCAAGUGCUACUUCAGCAGAAAAACAAAGAGUGAGUUGAUGAUUCAAAUGGAUAGAAGUGCAGUGCAGGGCCAUUAA